UUAGCGCUCUAUGCAUUACCGCUGCGUAAAGUCACCGUCUGGACGUUGCGGUCGUAAAGCAGUGGACAAAAUCUAGGAUUUUAUGGACCUACCAGGGCUACUAGCUUCUACAAAAGCUGUUAAGAUUUCGAAGGAGUUAAUCUAUUGAAUUCUUAAUUGGCCGAAAGCAGACUGCAAUUACUAUCAUCUAGGGCUGCAUUGAAUCUUCGUGUCUCUGUCCGCCGUGCAUUUCAUGUUUCCUGCCAGAAGCAGUGAAUCCGCAACCAUGGGAGAUUUCGUCGGAGGGAACACAGUUGAUCGAUGGACAUGUCCCAACGACAGACAGCUUGCCCUGCGGGCAAAGUUGGGUUCAGGAUGGUCCUUCCACACAUCAGCUUCCAACAAGUACAAGAAGAACGAGGCUCUGAGUCGAGAGGAGCAAGAUACCAUCUUAGGGGUCAUCGAGCGGGCCGAUAAACUGGAGACUGCCGAACAGGAGAGAAUAGGACGGCUCGUCGACAAGCUAGACAACAUGAAGAAGAACGCACUGGGUAACGGCUCAGGCAAAUGCGUCUUGUGUGGAGAUGAGUUCGGCCUUCUUGGUGCCUCUCCGCUGUCCUGUCACGACUGCUAUAAGGCGGUAUGCACAAAAUGUGGAGUGGACACAACAAACAGUUUUAAGCAGCCAAUUUUGUUAUGCAAGAUAUGCAGUGAAACGAGAGAGUUAUGGAAGAGGUCUGGAGCGUGGUUUUUCAAAAGCCUUCCAAAGUACGUCAUUCCAGAGAAGAAGAUGGAUCAGUCUAGAUUCCUGGCAAGGAGAAUUGAAACGAGGAAGUCAGGAAGGAAGUCCACAACAGGUAGAGUCACUAACACAUGGAAUAAAGGUAAAGUUGAAGACAGCGAAAGCGAGUCGGAAUCAUCAAGCUCAGAUGAUGAAGUCAGUAUCGGACGCAAGAGGAAACCAAAGAGGGAACAUAACACAGGCGAUGACAACAUUAGCAUCGGCAGUAAGACCGACACAGCCAGUUCAAUCUACGGUAAUAACUACAUGGCCGGGAGUCGAACCAGUAUCGGUAGCGCUGGAUGGUAUGGUGGUACAGGCACGACGGAGAGCGGCCACGACGCAGCGCGUGAUGAGUCAGACAGUGAACGCAGCACUCUUGGAGAGCGCAGCCGUGCUAGCUCUCUGCGCUCGCUCACCAGCACAAAUGUCUCCAACUCAGAUUUGAGUCGCACCAGCUCAGUCCGCUCUGGUGGCAGUAGUGGCCCCACGGUGGCACACAAACCAGACCAUGAUGAGGAUGACAUGGACCGAGCGUUCAAUCAGUUCAACCAGGCGCCCUCUAGUGGUGGUGGUGGUGGUGGUGGGGGUAAUUCAUUUGAUUCACAGGAUUACGGACUGCCGGACACGCUUGGAUCCAGCCCGGAUGAAGGAAGUUCACUAGGGACCCUUGAGUUUUCUGCUUUAUACGAUGGUGUGAACAACGCCCUUCAUUGUACCAUUCACAAGGCAUCUGGUCUGAAGGCCAUGGACUCCAAUGGUCUGUCGGACCCCUACGUCAAGCUUCACCUUCUCCCUGGAGCAACCAAGUCCACCAAGCUGAGAACCAAGACAGUUCACAAGACUCUGGAUCCCAAGUUCAACGAGACCCUGACGUACUACGGGAUCACAGAUGAUGAUCUCUGCAAGAAGACCCUCAGACUGUCUGUCCUGGAUGAGGAUAAGUUUGGCCACAAUGACUUCAUUGGGGAGUACCGCCUCCCCCUACGUAAGCUGACACCACACACCACAAAGAGCAUGAGUGUGUAUCUAGAGAAACAACUGCCGCUUGAGAAGGAUGAUGAGUUGAUCGGAGAGAGAGGCAAGAUCUUAACGACCCUCAAGUACGUCAAGAGCAAACAGCAGCUGGUGGUUGGGAUCGUGAGAUGUGCUGGCCUCGCCGCUAUGGACAACAACGGUUACUCCGAUCCAUACGUUAAAGUAUACUUGAAGCCGGAUGCUGGCAAGAAGACAAAGCACAAGACAUCCACCAAGAAGAGGACCCUGAACCCUGAGUUUAAUGAGGAGUUUCACUAUGAGGUAGCACACAGUGAUCUAGCUAAGAAGACUCUGGAGAUCACUGUAUGGGACAAGGAUCUUGGCAAACACAAUGACUACAUCGGUGGUCUUCAGCUGGGCAUCAACUGCAAAGGAGAGCGUCUACGCCACUGGUUUGAGACCCUCAAGAACACAGACAGGAAGUUUGAGCGCUGGCAUACACUGUCUGACGAGAUCUUUACUGAUGACUGAGCGGUCAUUCUCCCCCCCCCCCCAUCGAUGUUCAGCUUAGAAUAUAUCUAAUUAAUACCUUACGAGGCAGUACAUAAGCAACAUCCAGCAACAGAGUUCUGCAUUCUCUCCGGCGACGAUCAGAGCAUAUACGGACCGAAACGCUGAGUCGUUGACUUAUGAAAAAAUAACUUAGGGUAGCCAGAGUAAACUGUACAAUGAAAAGAACUCACCUAUAGUGCAACUCAUUUCAUUGCAACUCACCCAUAAUGUACUGUAAACGUUCUUGCAGAGGUUAAACUCACCUACUCUCAACUGUUUUAUGAAAAGAACUCACCUACAAUGUAACUCGCUUGGGUUGAAGCUCGCCCAUAUUGUACUGUAAACUCUCUUGCAGUGAAACGCUUGGGUUGAAGCUCCCCAAUAUUUCACUGCAAGCUCACUUGCAGUGAAAUAUAAAACUCCCCUACUCUAAACUGUUUUAUGAAAAGAACUCACCUACAAUGUAACUCGCUUGGGUUGAAGCUCGCCCAUAUUGUACUGUAAACUCUCUUGCAGUGAAACGCUUGGGUUGAAGCUCCCCAAUAUUUCACUGCAAGCUCACUUGCAGUGAAAUAUAAAACUCCCCUACUCUAAACUGUUUUAUGAAAAGAACUCACCUACAAUGUAACUCGCUUGGGUUGAAGCUCGCCCAUAUUGUACUGUAAAUUCUCUUGCAGUGAAACGCUUGGGUUGAAGCUCCCCAAUAUUUCACUGCAAGCUCACUUGCAGUGAAAUAUAAAACUCCCCUACUCUAAACUGUUUUAUGAAAAGAACUCACCUACAAUGUAACUCGCUUGGGUUGAAGCUCGCCCAUAUUGUACUGCAAGCUCUCUUGCAGUGAAACGCUUUGGUUGAAGCUCGCCCAUAUUGUACUGCAAGCUCACUUGCAGUGAAAUAUAAAACUCCCCUACUCUAAACUGUUUAUGAAAAGAAUUCACCUAUAGUGCAACUCGGUUUAAUUGAAACUCACCUGUAAUGUACUGUAAACUCUCUUGCAGUGAAACCCACCAACAGUGAAAUAUGUAAAACUCAAAUAAGCUAAAUUGUUUUAUGAAAAGAACUCACCUAUUUUGCAACUCGCUUGCAUUGAAACUCGCCCAUAUUGUACUGUAAGCAGCGAAAUAUAAAACUCACCUACUGAAAACUGUUUUAUGAAAAGAACUCACCUACAGUUCAACUCGCUUGGAUUGAAACUCACCUACAGUGAAGUAUUUUGAAUUAAAACUCAGCAGCAGUGAGUUUCUUUUUGCGGUAAAAGUCACUCGCUUUGUAUCUCACAAUGAAAUAAACUGGUACCAUACGUGACAGAAAGCAUGUAAAGUAAUUUAGUACAUACUUUAAAAAGUGUUAUCUUUUUUUUUUUUUAUGAGAGAGUCUCGAGUCACUAGACUUCUAAAUAACUGCAGAUUUUAAAUAAUAUUCGUACAAUACUUAAGUAGCUUUCUUGUGGAGUAGUUUUAGCGUUAAAAAUAGAAGUGCAAUUUCAAGUAGAAGGCAGUGGGCAAUUUAUUUGACACUGUCGCCAAUUUUAAUAUUUUUUACUCAAUGUUUUGAAAGCAAACAACUAGAUUAACCUGUACAUAAAAAAAAGAUCUUGUGAAUUUUUAUACAAAAGGAAUAGAACUUCUCCUUUCUGUGAUUUAAAUAUGUUUUUUGGUGAAUUCGUCUUGGUCCCCCAAAAGUGUGGAAUUUACAAAAUGUUGAAUAUAUGUAAAUAAGAUGCUAUUUAGUACAGUCUGAGAGAUUAUUGUUGUAAAUGUCCAUGGCCCAAUUUCAUAGAGCUGCUAAGCACCAAAAUUUGCUUAGCAUGAAAUUUCUUCCUUGAUAAAAACAGGA